UCUUCAUCAACAUGACCUUCAUCAUCAUCUUCAUCUGGACUCUUUCAUACUGCUUUACACUACAAGUGUCUAGAGCUCAGAUCACAGUCACUCAGACUCCUUCAGUGAAAACUGCCACGCCAGGAGAAAAUGUUGAGAUGAACUGUAAUCUCAGUAGUCCUGCAUACUGCACAACACCCUGUGUGGCCUGGUACUUACAGAAACCUGGAGCAGCUGCUAAACUCCUGAUUUAUUGGACCAAAAGCCGCACGUCAGGAACUCCAUCUAGAUUCAGUGGCAGUGGAUCUCACAGUGAUAUCACUCUGACCAUCAGUGGAGUCCAGACUGAAGAUGCUGGACAUUAUUACUGUCAGAGUUUUCAUUGCAGAAUAAAUUAUAAUGCACUGUGGUGGACUUUUGGUGGAGGAACUAAACUGAUGAUCGCUGGUCCCACAGUGAAGCCCUCCGUGUCUCUGCUGCCUCCCUCUUCUCUGCAGAUCUCUGGAGACUCAGCCACACUGCUCUGCCUGCUCAGCUCUUACUCUCCACAGGGGGCGCAGGUGAGCUGGACGCUGGACGGGUCAGAGGUCAUUGAGGGGGUUCAGACCAGCGCAGAGAGCGAGCGGGACGGACGCUACAGCCGCAGCAGCGUCCUGAGCCUCAGCAAAGCACGCUGGGAAGCCGGCGAGCGCUUCGUCUGCAGAGUAACACAUGACGGAGCUGCUCGGGAGACCUCGUUCUUCAAGAGCUCCGAGUGCUGAUGUUUCUCCAGUGAAGAGCAGCAGGAUUCACAGCAGUCUCCUGAUUUACAGCUCAAUACUCAAGCAGUCUUUCAAUCUGCUGCCAUUGCUGUUCAUUCAAUAAAGCUUCUGAACGCCUUA